GCGUUGCGCCCUGCCGCCGGUCACCGGGCCAGGCUCAUCCAAGGGUGACGACAUGGCAAGUCAGCUCAGCGAUCGAGUGGACGAGCUCAGAGCGAUCGUUGACGCCGACCGACUGCCCGAGAUCGACGAGCUCAGACGGUUCAAGCAUCAGAUCAUUGGCAAUGUCGACAGAAAGGCACGCUUUGUCGAACUGGAUGGUGCAGAGCUCCUCUGCAAGGUCAUCGACCUGGCUGUUGAGAUCCCGCAAUGGUCAGACUGCGACGACACGCUUCACAUCGAGUUAGCGACAGAGGCCAUGGUCAUCUUGACAAGUCUCUGCCAGCCUCGAGUGGACAGCUUGCUCAAACUGGUCGGCAUCGUGCCUGCUUGUGUUCUCGGUACCGUCAGCAAGAUAGUGCACUCGUUCAAGACCUUCGCGCUCAUCGAGAGCUCGCUCAAAUGCAUCAGGAACCUCUACAUCUCACUCAAAAUGGUCUCGAGCAGCGCCAUCGUCUUCAACCCCGCCCCCUUGCCCUGCUGCGCUCCCUUGUCCUCGAAGCAGCUCAGAGAGUUGUCAUCAGAGGGCGCAUCUUUCCAGAUCGCCAUCGACGCUGCCUGGGAUGCCUACUUUGACCAAGAAAACAUCUUUCUGAUGCUCAGCCUCUUGUGUACCUUCACUUUCGGCCGGAUCAGUGCUGCCACAGGCUCUUGGUCUCGCCUUGCAAGACAGCAGUCCGAAUCUGCUGCGGGCACGAUCUGUCAGACCAUCGCGGAAAUGUCUCGUGGUGGUGACGACAUGGUCUCUGUAGCCAGUGUCGGUCGCCGGAUUUGCAAAGAACACGACUGUAUGCUCCUGUACAUGCUCAUGACGAUGACGCUCGCUCGCAGUCCCCAGGUAUUACGCUCGGCUUACCAGUUGAUUGGCGCCAUCGCCCCGCAUGCAGAGCCUGACAUCAUGGCGCUCCUAUCCAAAUCUGCGGCUGAUAUUCGCGACCAAGAGCCCUCUGUCCAGAUUGCCAUGGCAUACUGUCACGUCAACUAUUCCGUGAUGAUGCCGGACUGGGACAAGCGAGGGUAUGCCGCGGAAGAUCGAAACGAUGUGCUUCCUCUGCUUCUCUCAUUAUUCGACAAGGAGCCUCAGAUAGCUCUAUCGGCCUGCGCCUUGUUGACAACCCUCGUCACGGACUGUGAGUCUGCGCAAGAGCUCGCAUGCAAAUUGGACGCGUUCUCUCAGCUGGACCGUCUGCUGGAGACUACCCAGCUCCCCGGAGGCUACUCAGAUUCGGCGGAACGGCGACAAAUGCGGGCACAGCUACGUCAACACGGGUUACUGGCAGUCGCUGCCCUGUGCCUGACGCGAGAUGACCUGCGUCGGCAGAUGGUCGAAACGAAGAUCUUGCCAAAGAUUGUUGCUUCUCUCAAGCACGAGCAUGCGCCCGUGCGUGCAGCUGCUUGCCAGUGUGCCAGAGCCAUCAGUCGUAGUGUCAGCUUGCUACGAACGUGUCUCCUGCAAGCUGGCGCCGCGCUGCCCCUUGUCGAUUUGCUCCGAAACGAGGAUGAGGAUGAGCCGGUCAAGAUUGCUGCGACGGCCGCGAUAUGCAAUCUCCUGCCCGACUUCUCUCCCAUGAAAGAGCUACUCAUCGCCAAUGACAUCCUACCCAAGCUCGUCGUCUUUGUGGAUUCGCCAAAUGUUCUGCUCAGGCAGUAUGCGUUGGCUGCACUCAAGAAUGGCGUCUACUGGGCCGAACACGAUCUCAAGAAGCUUGUCAGCACAACCUUGGGCUGGCAACGCCUGCUAGAGUUGUUUGACGACUGCGAAACGACCAUUCAGGUGCACGCGCUUAGCUUGCUGAGGAACAUCGCCUGUACCCGGGUCGAAGAUGUCGAGAUGGCAUUGCAAGGCAUGGGCCCAGAGGCUUGCUUCGAUAUGCUAAAUCGAAAGCUAUGCUCGAAGCAAAGCGAAGUCACGCUGCAGGCGGUCUAUGUCUUGCUUAACAUCGCAACGGGCGAUGUGCGGCACAAGCAAGAGAUCAUGGAUCGACCAGAUCUGCUCAAGUCUCUCCUGGCAACACUUUGGCACGAGUCGCCCGAUAUUCGCAUUGCCGCACUCUGGUGCAUCAUCAAUCUCACGCCCUCCGAGCGGAAGGGCGCAUACGAGGUCGCACGCAAAUUCGCAGCGCAAGGGGUAGGCAGCCGGCUCGAGAAGCUCAAGGAAGAUUCAUGUUACGACGUGAGCGAGCGGGCUGCCGACAUCCUCGAUACGUUUCAGUGGGCGGGCUUUGCGCAAUGAGCACAGCUAGAUGCAGUGAGCGUCCUGUUGUACAACAUAUACAGUGAUCAUCGAUGAGGUACU